UAGUGUUGAAGUAAAAAGAAAAUCGCUUUGAAAAUGAUAACGAUUCGAUUUACUUGCGGCGUUUUAUUUUUAUUGAUGUUCAAUAUUCUAUGGAUAAGUGAUGCGAAGGAUGUGAAAACGGAUUUCACCACAUCACCAACACCGAUCACAACCCUGCAGAGAACAACGAGUGUUGCCGAAGGAUUUAAUUCCGAUGCGUACCGAGAAGGAUUAACGAAACGCGAUACCAAGGCGGCAGACUUGUCUGCAUCGCCAUCAGUGUCGGCCAAAAGCUAUGAUCCUCCACCAGAAUUUUACAGAGGUCCAGGUUCAACAGGUUCUGUACAUGCGGUACCAAAUCCAUAUUAUAGUUCUAGUGACAGCAGCAGCAACAACAAACUUACCUCCGGUUUCAUCUCCAAACCCAUUGCAUUCCCCACCUCGAGUAGCAAAAACACGAACAAAAACAAUAACAACUACUCUCCACCCGAUAAUGGCAUACAUCUGGCCAACAGCUACAACUCUUGGCAGCAUCUCAGAAACAAAACGGCAUUCUUUGGAGCAUUACUAAACAAGACGGGGCUACAGGACCGAAUAAGCGUGGGACACUAUGGUAAUCCAUUGCAUGGUGGAGGGCAUGGUGUUGAGUAUGUUCCCUCGGGCGGUGCCCACCACUAUUCAUCCCCACACGCCGGACCAUAUAGUGUUGCACAUCCCCAUGUCGACUAUCAUCAUGGCGGCGGUCCUUAUUAUCCUGGUCAUGGUAGCAGUUCUCCUGGUGAUGGCAUUCCCUUCGAUGUCUAUGGCGGAGGUAAGGGUCACUAUGCUGGAUCGGGUGGCGAAUACUCAUACACAUACUCAGACAUGCAUGAGACGGCUGCACACAAAACCUUUCCCGACUUUUCACACAAAGCCCUGUUGGCCAAAAGCUUUCUCAUUCCGCUGGCCAGUGCAGCUGUAUUGGGCAUUGCCGCCGCCUUGGUCAGUAAUCCUCUGCUCCUACAGUUGGGCACAGUGUCGGGAGUUGCAACACCGGGAACAGUCAUAGGUAAGCGCAAGAGAAGAGCAACAUCAUCGCCGCCAACUCCUAAAGCAGAGCCAACGACAGACAGCAAGGAAACGUUGGUUCAUCCUUAUCGCGGCCAUCAUCGACGUUUUGGACGAGUGCGUACAUAAGCUACACGUGUUGUUGCAUAUCUCAAUCUUGGCUGUCGAUGAAUUGAAAACCCGCCACACACAAAAUCCCCUCCUCCACCCAACAAUCAGAUUCACUUUUCGUCUGCAGCAACAUCCAAUUCCAUUCCAGUUUAUUUCACUCAUCUUGUCCUUUAUCUCGAAGCCAAUAUCGCCACAGACAGGCCGUUGGCUUGUUAGUAGUACCAUGUCAUUUCCAUUGAGGGAGGAGAAGGGGAUUCGGUGUGGUCAAAUGCUUAGUCUUAAGGAAAGGACACAAGCGAAAGUGUCCUUGUUGUUGUAUUUAUAAAACCCAGAGAUAAUAAAUAAAUAAAAUAAUGCCGAACAUAAACAGGAAUUUCAUUUUCAAUU